AUGAACAAUGGCUGGCGCUGUGCUGAGGAAGUCGGUGUAAAGCAUGUUGAGGAGAUCAAGGCAUGGGAAGCCAAGGAAAAGGCAGCUGCCGAGGAAUUCAAGGCAUGGGAGGCCAAGGUUAAGGAAACUGAAGACAGAGUUGUCGUUUUAUCCGAGGAGCUGAAGAAGAGCCAAGAAGAUCUGGCCAAGGUUGUUGCUACCAAGGAGAAGUUUAAGGAUGCCUCUGAGACCAAUUACAAGGAAGCAGCCAAGCUUCAAGAGAAUCUGGAGGCUAAAGGAUCAUCAGCUGAAUCUAUAGCUGCUCUGGCCAAAGUUGAUACUGAUGCUGCUGGGUUAACUCAAUUAAGUUCAACUGUGGAAGAUGUUUUUGCCAGUGGUGAUCUUCCAAGGGCUGCAGAAACCUUAGCCAACAUGAGGCAUUGCUUGUCUGCUGUUGGGGAGUUUGCUCAUUUUAUUGUUGCUGAAUUUGCUAAUGUGAGAAAGCAACUCGAGGUCCUAGAGGAUAGGCUAGAUGCAAUGGUGCAGCCACGUUUAACAGAUGCAUUAUCCAGCCGGAAGAUAGACAUUGCUCAAAAUUUGCGGGGUAUUCUCAUUCGAAUUGGAAGAUUCAAAUCACUGGAGCUACAUUACACAAAAGUUCACCUAAAUCCCAUAAAACAGCUCUGGGAAGAUUUUGAUUCAAAACAACGUGCUAUUAAGCUUGCAAAUGAGAAGAUUGAAGCUGAAAGGCUGUCAAGCCAUGAGUUUCAAUCAAGCUCUUCGACAAUUUCAUUCGCAAGUUGGUUGCCAAGCUUCUAUGAUGAGUUGAUUCUUUAUCUUGAGCAAGAGUGGAAGUGGUGUAUGGUUGCUUUUCCUGAGGAUUAUAAAACUCUUGUACCAAAGCUACUGAUCGAGACAAUGGAAACUAUUGGAGUAAGCUUUAUUUCACGUAUCAACCUUUCAAUUGGAGAAGUUGUUCCUGAAACAAGAGCUUUGGGAAAAGGUUUAUUAGAUAUUAUGUCUGGUGACAUGCCAAAGGGAAUUAAGAUUCAAAGGAAACAUUUGGAGGCAUUGAUUGAGUUACACAACGGGACACAGACUUUUGCUAGAAAUAUUCAGCAUUCCUUUUCAGAUUCUGAUCUUCGAGUUCUAAUGGAUACACUGAAGGCAGUGUACUCUCCCUUUGAAUCAUUUAAACAAAGGUAAGCAAUCAUAAACUUUUUUGCACUUCCACAUUCUUCUAAAAUAUCUAGGUUUUUUUUUUUGAAAACUUUUUUCUGUUAUUUUUUCUUCGUUAUAUACUAGAUUCUGUAAAUGCUAUGUUCAUUUUUUGAUUAAUGAUUGAAUAUGUAUAUAAGGAAUGGUCAGAGACUGAUAAACCUUAUUCUCUUUUGCAGAAUUUGAACCACAAAAAUAUUGUGAAAUAUCUUGG